AUGUUCGGAGGGCUAGGGCCUGGGGGCCUGGGAGCCCAGGGCAUGGUGGGACCCCUGAGGGGUCGGGUAGAGGAGCUGAAGCGGCCUUGGUGGCGGGAGGCCUCGCCCCUGGUGCUGCGGCACAGCGAGGCUGCCCGACUGGCGGCAGAUGCCCUGCUGGAGCGAGGUGAGGCUGCUUAUUUGCGGGUCAUCUCCGAGGAGCGGGAGCUGCCCUUCUUGAGCGCCCUGGACAUGGACUACAUGACAACCCAUGUGCGUGGGGCGCCCGAGCUCAGUGAGGCCCAGGGACCGGAGGCCUCAGGGCCUGACCACCUCAGUCUGCUCUCUGAGGUCACCUCAGGCACUUACUUCCCCAUGGCCUCCGACAUCGACCCCCCAGACCUGGACCUGGGCUGGCCCGAGGUCCCACAGGCCACAGGCUUCAGCCCCACCCAGGCCAUGGUCCACUUCCAACGGGACAAGGCCAAGAGCAUUAAGGACCUACUGCGUUUCCUCUUCAGCCAGGCCCGCACGGUUGUGGCUGUGGCGAUGGACAUAUUCACCGACAUGGAGCUUCUGUGUGACCUCAUAGAGGCCUCCAGCCGGCGUGGUGUCCCCGUCUACCUACUUCUGGCCCAGGAGCACCUGAGGCACUUCCUGGAGAUGUGCUACAAGAUGGACCUCAACGGGGGGCACUUGCCGAAUAUGCGUGUGCGGAGCACAUGUGGGGACACAUACUGCAGCAAGGCCGGCCGCCGCUUCGCCGGGCAGGCCCUGGAGAAGUUUGUCAUCAUUGACUGUGAGCAGGUGGUGGCAGGCAGCUACAGCUUCACAUGGCUUUGCAGCCAGGCCCACACUAGCAUGGUGCUACAGCUGAGGGGCCGAAUCGUAGAAGAUUUUGACCGGGAGUUCCGCUGUCUGUAUGCUGAGUCACGGCCCGUGGAGGGCUUCUGCGGUGGGGAGGACCCGAUGUCUCCCCAGGCACCAUGCCCUCCCCCUGUAACCCUGGCCUUUGGGCCUGGCAUCCCCAGUCCCACAUCCUCUUUGCCCUCUAGCACCAGCCUUAGCAGCAUCAAACGCUCACCUCUCAUGGGCCGCUCCUCCUAUCUUGCUUUACCCAGAGGUGGUGGUUGCAAUGACAUGGGUCUGGGGUCCUCGUCCCUGAGCCCUGCCCACCGUGAGGCCAGUGGCCAGCCCUCCCUGCAACACCAGUUGUCAGACCCUAACCAUGGCUCCCCUCCUGGGCCCUACAGGACCAACCUGGGCAAGCUGGGGGCAUUCCCUUGGUCCCAGUCCUCCCCCACCCUCAACCAUAAUAGUGCCAGCCCCCUGACCCUGGCAGUGGGGCCACCUCUGCUUCCCCAGUCACGCCCCCACCUCCCCAUCUCCCGAGGUGGCACAGCCCUGCCCCGUCUUCCAGAGAAUGGGCUUUUGGGAAGCCAGAAGCCCAGCCCCCCACGAGGUCGCCGGGUACCUGGCACAGCCCUGGACACAGUGGAGGAGGGGAGGACAUCUUUGAGUCAGAGUCAUGGCCAGCUGGACCUCCUGGUUGCCCUCCCCAGAGCCCGAGAAGUGGGACGCCCUGACUCUGGGGUUUCCCCCAAUUCAGCCUCCCUUCGGCCUGGUGAGCAAGCUCCAGAAGACAGGAAGCUGUCCCCAAGCCAGAGCUACGGCCAGCUGGACCUCCUGUCCCGAGCCCAGGGUGCCAGAGGCACCCCUGAGUCAGCCUCCUUCAGGACUCGUGAUCAGGCCCCAGAGGAGAGGAGGCUGUCCCCAAGCCAUAGCCACAGCCAGUUGGAUCUCCUGGUGCCAUACCCCAAAGCCCUGGGCUCCAGAGUGCCCCUUGAGGCCAGCUCCCCUGCCAGGCCAGGCAAGCAAGGCCUGGACAAGCAACAGCACAUCCUGGGCCACAGUCAGCUGGAUCUCAUCACAAAGACUGGCCCAUUCCGGGGCGAGGGGCCUGGGCCCAACGGUCUCCCUGGUCCAAGCCCCGCUCCCAAGGCCGGUGUGGGGUCUGGGGAUGAGAAGCGGAUGACUCUGGGCCACAGCAAGCUGGACCUCAUCACCAAGUAUCACCAAUUUCAGGGUGCCAGGCAGAGGCCAGAGCCUGGCCUCUCCGGGAGCCUCACAGGUGGCCAUCACAACGGUGGUUGCAAUGACCUCUAUGGGAGUGAGAAGCGCCUGACCCUGGGCCACAGCAAAUUGGACCUUAUCACCAAGUACAACAAGUCCAAGUUCAAGCUGCUCCGAAGCCGCUUUGAGUCCUAGCCCCUCUCUCAGUAGGGCAGGUCCCUCCUCCAUCCACUGAGAUUCUGGACUCUGGGGUGAGAGCUCGGGGCAGCGGCUGCAUGAGGAGGGGAGAGUGUCUAGGAGCUCAGGUCAGGCCUCUCUGGGCUCAGGACGCUUGCUCACUUACACACACACAUAUACACACACACACGGGGAAAUGAACCCAUGGUUAUUGAGCACCUAUCAUAUGCCACUGUGUUGAACACUUGACAGCAGUCACCACUUCUCAUCCUUCAUCCUUACAACAUCCUACAAGGUGGGCCUCUGUGCAUAUAAUAAUAAUAGGUUAAUAGGCAUUAUCCUCACUAUUUCAUAACUGUGGAAGCUGAAGCCCAUAGUUUUUGGAUGCCUUGCUUUGAAUGAGAUCCAAGUAAAUGGCAGAGUAGGGGCCCAAACUUGUGUCUCUGUGACUCUAAAGAUUGUGUUUUGUACAAACACAACACACAUAGUACCCACAGUUCACAUGUCCCCUUGCACACAAAAUACAUCACAGAGGUGCCCCCAACUGCCUGUACAAUACACACAGCACAUUGACAGGGUACACACCCACAAACAGCACACCCAGAGAUACAGUCAAUAAGCACACACAGAUCAAUGAGAUAAACCCAAACACUCAAGAGUUCUAGUUGUAGGUACUCAAUAAAUUUCACUUGGCUACAUGGACUAUGAAACGCAUGCAUUGAGUGCACACUGUAGACCCCCUCAGGAUCUACAGACCAUAACUAGGCACAUAUCCCUCUCCACCCCCCACACCACCUACACUAAGCUGUGUACCCAGACCUGCGCUGGGCAUGCCAUAGAGCUGAUGAGGAAUCAGACUCAGGCCCUGGGAGAAAAGGAUUAAAAGCACAAACCAUUGGAGAACAGAGCAGAACUGUGUCUAAUUAAAGGCUAAUCAGUGUCAAAGGGUGGUAGAGAAUGAAGGGUGCAAGAAGGCAUAAAGGAAGGCUUUUUAGGGGAGGCAGCAUUUGAGCCAGGCCUUGAAGGAUGGGGAGGAUUUGGACAGAUGGAGAGAGUUGGAGGUAUUCCUGGUAGAUGGAACCAGGUGAAGAAAGGCCCAAGGGUAGGACUGAGUGAGUCUGAGGUGAGCUGAAGAGGAUAGAGCACAGAAGUACACAGACACACACACCUGUGCACACACAUAUACACACACAGCAUGCACAUACACAUCAUCUUGCUGCGUGUCUCCUGAAGCACUGGAUCUGAGGGCUGUGGGCCCUUUUCCUGUGAUCACCACCUGCCUGAGACAGGCUAC